AUGGACGAAGCUGCUCCAAGCCUCGCCUCCUCUCCCGUCGACGAAGUAUUCGAUGUCUAUUUCUGCCUAAAUGACUUAAUUGUGCAUUUUUGGAUUGCAGAGUGUGCAAAUUCUGUUAUUCCUGCAUAUAUACCCAUUAUAGAGAAGAGAAAGGAUACGCCAUUCACAGCCAGUCACAAGGAAUGGCAACAAGUACGUAGGGGACGCUAUGUGGAAUUCAACUUGGUCUACGAUCGUGGAACUACAUUUGGACUGAAGACAGGUGGUCGGAUAGAGAGCAUCCUUGUUUCACUUCCACUAACUGCUAGAUGGGAAUAUGGCCAUCAACCAGCAGAGGGGACUGAAGAAUGGCGACUAUUGGAUGCUUGUAUCAACCUGCUCUACCUUUUGAUUGGGUUAAAUGAUACGCUGUAAACCUAUAUCACUCUAGUCAUAAUAUGCCUAAUACAUAAAAUAGGUGGUACGAAAAAGAUGGCCGCAAAACUGACAAAUGGAAGACUCAAUCUCAAGACCAGAGGCAUUCAGCCAGAAAAAGGUCAGGCACGUAUUCCUUUACCAUUGCGGUAUAUGCCAGGUUCAAAGGAUCCAUUUGUGAGUUUGGUUCCAUUUACAUGAGU